UCACGAAUUGAAGUUUGAUCUAAUUGAAUAUUUCUUACUACAACUCCAUAAUGAAAUUGUUACACAUCAUCGCAACAUUGGCUUUCGUGUGCAUCAACAUGACGGUGAUGCCAGUUGCAGCAAGAACGUUGGAGUCAAUGGAGGUCCCGAACAACCUCCGUGAUAAAAGAUGGGCUCCAACCGAGCUAUCAGUAGCUGACGUCAUCAGGAUGGCCUGGCAACUGCGCAUGGAAGAAUUACAAAAACAGGAAAAAUUGAACAGGAAGAAAACGAGGUCUGCUGAUGUGGAGCUGGAAAGUGAAAGAUCCAAGAGGGAUCCAGAAUUUUUGGAAUAUUAUUGGGUUCCCGAAGACGUGCCGAUGAGUGACUAUCAUAACUUGAGAACAAUCGUUGUUGACCUCAUUCGUGACCAGCGUGCUCGGGAGAUUGCCAACACUCCCAGAAAUCCUGUCAACAGCAUGGGGAGAUAGAAAAAGCUUUGUCGCUAUUUAUUUGUUGAGCAAUGGAAAUAUUCACACAAAAGUGUAAAACAUAUUAAUAAUUAUAAAAGAAAUAUUUUGUUUGUAAUAAAAAAUAAUUUAUUUUUGUUUCUUUCAAACUAUUCCGUAAAAAACAAUAAACGAA